AUGUGCGCUGUUUUGGCGCCGUUUGGUGAAGGAAAAGCUGUGCGUCAAUACGUCUCGUUGUUCGUCUCCAUCCUGCGCGACGAAUAUGACGCCAUCCUGCCAUGGCCCUUCAAAUGCCCGGUGCGGAUCAGCUGGAUGAAUCAAGAUGGCAGCGAAGUGCAUCUAACGGAAUGCAUUCUGCCGAAAGCGCUCCCCGAGAACGAUCCAUUCCUGGGAAGACCGAAGGCCGAACGCAACCCGGCUUUUGGGAUACAGCGUUUUGCCCUCGUCGCUGACAUCGUCAAGGGCAAGUAUGUCGUCAACAAUACGGCCUUCAUCCGCGUCAAUGUCGACGUCAGCAAGGUGCCGACGCUU